CCCGCGUGUCGCAACCCCCUGAUAACAGUGGCUAUAAAGGGGCCGCGGGGGCUGCGCGGGGCAAAGGACGGUGGCACCUGGCCAGGGCAAGGACCAGUGACAGCGGUGAGCAGCCAUUCCCGGAGCUGCCGCCAUGCCCAGGGUCCUGCUCUUCCUCCCACUCCUCCUCCUCGGCCCCGCUGUGGCUCUCUCUGACGUGGAUGCCAGUGACCGGGCGCUGCUGCGGGCGCUGCUGGCGGAGCUGGCGGGUCCCAUCCCGCCGCAGGCACGGGGGGUCCCGUGCCACGACCUGGGCCCCAACGCCCUGCCCGGCUUUGCCCGGCUGCCCCCCGAGCCCCACGCCCUGGCCCGCGCCGCGCUGGCGCUGGCGCUGAACGGGGCCGGCUGCGGGGCCCAGGCCGAGGCCGAGGCGCUGGGGCUGGCGCGGGAGCUGGGCACCCCCACGGCCGCGGCGCUGCUGCGGGGGCUGGCGGGGCUGCGGGGAGCCCCGGCCCCCCAGCCCCUGUCCCUGCUCCUCCUCAGCCUGGCGCGCCUCGCGGGGGCCCGGCUGCCCCCGUGCCAGCGGCUCUCCCGGCGCCGGAGGCAGGAUGAGGGCGAAGCCGAGGAUGCCUGCAACCCGCCGGGGGAGCGGGAAGCCCACCGGGUGCUGGAGUGGGUGCCGGGCGUCAGCAUCUUCUACAACCUGGGCACCAGCAUCUACUUCGCCUUCCAGGGCUGCGGGGCCGCCGCCUCGGCGCGGGCGCUGGAGGCCACCGAGGACCUGGGCUACGCCGGGCUGGCCGCGCUCACCGGGAGCCUGGGCGGCCCCGUGGCCGUGGGGGUGCAGAUGGGGCUGCAGCCGGGGCUCAAGGCCGGGGUUCGGGCGCUCAUCGGGUACUUCACCUCCGCCGGGGACCCCCCGCCCGUGCCCACGGCCCACAGCGGCUCCGCCAUCAUCGUCUGAAUAAAGGCCACGUGCGGCAGCUGGCGGCGUGUCCCCGUCCCUGUCCCUGCGGGAUCGAUGCGGGGUCACCCUGCGCUGGGGCACAGGGACCUUGGUUCAUGGGGUGGCCUUGCUGAGCCACGUGGUGGCAGCUGCUCUGUCCCUGUCCCAGUCCCU